GCUUUUGGCGCGGUGUCGGCCAUCUUGGAAAGCCAUCGCUGUGAGGAAGAGGCUCCGCUUCCCGCUCUUGCUGCUCAUUGAUUGCUUUCUUUCGCUCUUUUAGAGGAACCGCCGCAGCGACGCAGCUCCGACCAACCGGAAACUCUCCUCUAGCUUCACUACUUCCGGCUUCAACUAACCGAGGAUCGAGCAGCAUGGCGACAGUCCGCGGUACUCCGAGCAGAGAAGCGGGGCGGCCAGCGGCCUCCACGCCUCUGUCCCCCACCAGGAUAUCCCGCCUCCAGGAGAAGCAGGACCUGCAGCACCUCAACGACCGCCUGGCGGUCUACAUAGACCGGGUCCGCUCCCUGGAGGUCGAGAACGACCGGCUGAUGGUGAAGGUGUCCGAGAAGGAGGAGGUCACUACCAGAGAGGUGACGGGCCUGAAGGCUCUGUACGAGGCAGAGCUGGCCGACGCUCGCCGCGUCCUGGACGACACCGCCAAGGACCGGGCCCGGCUUCAGAUCGACCUGGGGAAGGUCCAGGCGGACCUGGAUGAAGCCACGCGCACAGCCAAGAAGAAGGAUGGAGACCUGGCCGCCGCCAUGACCCGGGCCAACGGGCUGGAGGCCAAGCUCAAUAAGAGCGAGGCGGCGCUCGCCACGGCGCUGAGCCAGAACGCCGCCCUCACCUCAGAACUCGCCGAUGUGAAGAACCAGCUGGCCAAGGCCGAGGACGGCCACGCCGUGGCCAAGCGGCAGCUGGAGGCGGAGACCCUGAUGCGCGUGGACCUGGAGAACCGCUGUCAGUCCCUGAGCGAGGAGCUGGAGUUCAGGAAGAACAUGUUUGAGGAGGAGAUUCGUGAGAGUCGCCACCGGCAGGAGCAGAGGAUCGUGGAGGUGGAUUCUGGAGUCAGACAGGACUACGAGUUCAAGCUGGCCCAGGCUCUGCAGGACCUGCGGAGGCAGCAUGAUGAGCAGGUUUCCCUCUACAAGGAGGAGCUGGAGCAGACCUUCCAGGCUAAGCUGGAUAACGCCAAGAUGUCCUCAGAGAUCAACGACAAGGCCAUGGGCGCCGCCCGGGAGGAGCUGCAGGAGUCCCGCAGCAGGAUAGAGAGCCUGGGUUACCAGCUGAGCGCCCUGCAGAAGCACAGGAGGGGAGGAGGAGCACAGGUAGCCACGCUGGAGGGGGAGGAGGAGCACAGGUAGUUGCUGGAGGGGGAGGAGCACAGGUAGCUGCUGGAGGGGGAGGAGCACAGGUAGUUGCUGGAGGGGGAGGAGCACAGGUAGUUGCUGGAGGGGGAGGAGCACAGGUAGCUGCUGGACGUCAAGCUGGCUCUGGACAUGGAGAUCAACGCCUACAGGAAGCUGCUGGAGGGGGAGGAGCACAGACUCAAACUGUCUCCAAGCCCGUCGUCUCAAGUGACCGUCUCCAGGAUCACUGGGUCCUCCUCCUCCCGCUCCUCCAAGAGGAAAAGGCCUCAGGAGGAGGCGGAGCUGCUGGAGAUGGCGAGAGGAGAGGAGCUGCUGGUGUCUGAGGAGGCCACGGCCAGCGGAGCAGUGACCAUUUCUCCCACCGACAUGGACGGAAGCGCCGUCACCCUGAACAACGAGAGCCAGAAGGACCAGCCUUUGGGGAACUGGAGGCUGAAGCGGCAGGUUGAUGACGAAGAGGAGCUGGUCUACAAGUUCUCUCCUAAAUUUGUUCUGAAGGCGGGGCAGUCUGUGACGGUUUGGGCCGCUGAUGCCGGCGUCGCUCACAGCCCGCCGUCUGACCUGCUGUGGAAGAGCCAAGCUUCCUGGGGGACAGGAAGUGUGGUGGUGACCUCCCUGGUGGAUUCGGACGGCGAGGAGGUGGCCAGGAGGAGUGUAACCAAGACUCAGAUGGAGAUGGAGAACGGUGACGAGCAGGAGGAGAGGCCUCAGAAGGGCAAAGUGUCGUCCAGGGAGUGCAGCAUCAUGUGAAGCUCCGCCCCCUCCUCCUCUGAAAACCUCCCAGCUUCUUUCUUUUCUUUUAACCUUUAAUAUUGAGAGACUGUCAUCUGGACCUCCAGAACCAACAAACGGGUCGCCAGCAGUGGAUCCACAGAACCACUGGGUCUGCUCCUCCAGUGGCACCACGCCGCUGUAGAACCGGACCACACUGGGCCCGGUUCUACAGCGGCGUGGUGCCGCUGUAGAACCGGGCCUACCCAGCCUGCUCUAACACUAGUCCAUCCGGUGACGCGGCGGCCUGCUGAGAUGGCGGGCUUUAACGGAGGCCUGUGAUUGGUCAGCCUGGCAGCAGCGCCUCCUCACCUCAGUUUUUAUUCAACGCCUCUUUUUAUUGGCCGUUUGAGGCCGUUAAACACUAGGAGGGACGGAACCGAUGGGAGCUCAGAACACGCCGACGGCGCCUUCUGAGCUCCCAUCCUUCCUCCAUCUUUGAUUUCAGGGCCUUUUUAUUUCCCUCUAUAAAAGACCUCCCCUCCAUGACCUCCUCCCUCCAUGACCUCCUCCCCACCAUGACCUCUU